AUGCGCGCUGCUUUGCUCAGCGCCUUCAUCCUCGCCGCCGCACCGAGCGUCGCGUUUAGACUAAAUCCGUCGCCGCUCCACUCACCGCACACGCCAGCCUCGCUGGCCGUCCUGGAGCCGAGGCACGCCGUCGUGGUGCCGAGGCACGUCCGAGUGUUGGCGCAGCACAGCAAAGGGUGGGACGGGUUUGGCAAGGGACCGUUUAAGUACUACAACAACUUUGACGCCUUCAUGUCCCCCUUCCCGGCGGAGGACCGUGAAACGUAUCCCGAGAUGUUCGCUCUCCCGAAGGGCGUGCGCGAGGUGUCACUGACGAAGCCGCUCGGCAUCGCCUUCGAGGAGAGGGAGCCGGGCCGCGGCGUGGUGGUCGAUUAUCUUGUCGACGGCGGCAACGCGGACGAGUCGGGCCAGAUCCAGCCGGGCGACUGGCUGAUCUUGGUCACCGCGAUCAAGGUGUUUGGGCCGCGGUGGGAGCGAAAGAUCUUGCCCGCGAUCGACAUGCCGUUCGACGUCGUGAUGGGCGCGAUCGCCUCCAACGAGCCGCGGUACCAGGUCAACCAGAAGAAGGACGUCGUGCUUCAGUUCAUGCGGCCGGCCGAGGCGGACGAGGCCACCGUCCGCGCCUUCAUAGAGUUCUUCGAGAUUCCGUACGACCACGUCUUCCGCACCGGGUGAGAGCGGUAGUGACGGGGGGCUCCUCUCAGGUCCGGUCGGCACCUACACGCACUCCUGCAGUACGCCGAACGUUGCGGAGCUCUAAAUAAAUAAAUAAAAA